AUGCAUACAGCUCUAGUUGCUGGUUGGGCCGAUUCGAUGGCUCUAUACGAAUUAGUGAUUUUUGAUCCCUCUGACCCUGUUCUAGAUCCAAUGUGGAGACAAGGGAUGUUUGUUAUACCCUUCAUGACUCGUUUAGGAAUAACCAAUUCAUGGGGCGGUUGGAGUAUCAUAGGAAGGACUAUAAUGAAUACAGGUAUUUGGAGUUACGAAGGCAUGGCCGGUGCACAUAUUGUGUUUUAUGGCUUACGCUUUUUGGCAGCUAUCUGGCACUGGGUGUAUUGGGAUCUAGAAAUAUUUUGUGAUGAAUGUAUAGGAAAACCCUCAUUGGAUUUGCCCAAAAUCUUUGGAAUUCAUUUAUUUCUUGAAAGGCUGGCUUACUUUGGUUUUGGCACAUUUCAUGUAACAGGAUUGUAUGGUCCACGAAUAUGGGUAUCCAAUCCUUAUGGACUAACCGGAAAGGUACAAUUUGUAAAUUUGGCAUGGGGUGUGGAAGGCUUUGAUCCUUUUGUUCUGGGAGGAAUAACCUUUCAUCAUAUUGCAGCAGGGACGUUGGGCAUAUUGGCGGGUCUAUUCCAUCUAUACAAAGGAUUACGUAUGGGAAAUAUUGAAACCGCCCUUUCUAGUAGUAUCACUGCUGUCUUUUUUGCAGCUUUUGUUGUUGCUGGAACUCUGUGGUAUGGUUCGGUAACUACCUGA